AUGACUCCAUCACUUUCAGUUCUGGAAGGAAAGACACAAUGGUACUACUUCAAAGUUCAAAUAGGAAAACGUCUAGCUUUAGUAGCAUUUAGGAAGGAAAGCGUGUGCUGGUCUGACGAUAGCUUCUCUUUCUCCAAUGUUGCUGCUAGCAGUGAUCUCAGCUAUGGCAAUCCAUUGAUGAUGCCACCACCAACGGAGUCUGAGUGUGUUGCACAACUCCUCAGUCACAUUGAGCUCCUCCUCCGCUGUCGCACAAAGGCGGUUGCAGCCUUAGACGCAAGUCUCUACUCGACAACCAUCAGAUACUUCUCCAAGAUAGUUGAUAACCACCGAGGAACCCCACAGGGUUUCCUUGCGGAGUGCUACAUGCAUAGAGAUUUUACCUAUAGAGCUGCCAGCCAAAUUGCAGAGGUCAUUGCCAAUUGCAAUUGGACCCUUGCACUUGACCCAACUUGUAUCCCAGCUCUAACCACAUGGGCCAACCUCCUGGAGACCAUAAGAUGUUUUUUUGAUUACCUGCAUGAUCUCGAACACUGGAAGCUCCUCUGCGAUUCCAUUUUGCGGGACAGGAAGAUCCUAGGCCUUGUUUGGAAGAGGCACAAUAUCCAAUACCACGAUGUCCCAGGCAACUGA